GCGGCGGCUGACUCGGAUCCGCGAAGACCGGCCUGAGCGAUUGAUUGCCUGACCCUUUUCUCAGGGCCCUCCCUCACUGCCCCCGCCCACGCCCGUGCCCCCUGCCACCUUCUCUCGACUCUAAUCCCCGGUGCGAUCUUGGCGGGCCCCAAUGUGUUAGCAUGAGCGGGACAGCAAUCACCGACGCGGAGAGCGCGGCCGUGGGACGAGACAGCACUGGCAGCGACAUUCGGGGUGCCGGCGACCAGGGCGAGGCCGGGCCCGUCACCGGCGAUGGAGGGGACGAUGGAGAUGGAGAUGGAGAUGACGAUGCCGGCGGCGCCGGCGCUGGGUACCAGCCACUCUGGGUCCGGCUGGCCUGUAUUGGGCUCGACUUCCUGACGCAGACGUACGAUCAGAUACGAAUCGUGCCCGAGAUCGUUCUCUUUGAACAGUUUGUCUGCCGAUCGCACCACGCCGGCGACGGUAACGGUGGGCACUCCCUCCCGGGUGGGAGGAUCCCGCACGAGCUGUGCAGGAGUCCGGAUGUCCAGUACCAGCUGGCGCGGCUCAGGAGCUGGAAGGCCCUCUUUGACGGCAUCGCAAUCCUUAUUACAGCCAUACCGAUGGGUAUCCUGGCUGACAGGGUCGGGCGAAAGAAGGUUAUCGCUUCCAGCGUCCUGGGUCCCAUCUUGCAACUUUGUUGGAUACUCCUUGUCUGCAUGGGAGGACUGCAGGAACGAGGCAUGAGCAUGAUCUGGGCUGGCUCAGCCUUUCUCCUCAUGGGCAACCUGUCGUCGGCGAAUGCCACGAUAUAUGCAAUGGCAGCCGACUCAUGCCCUCCCGCACACAGGAGCCGCUAUUUCUACUACCUGUAUUCCACUUUCCUCGUCUGCGAGCUGUUUGCCCCGGCCCUGGCCUCCGUGACGCUCGAGAGGAAUAUACUUAUUCCUUUCGGCGUCGGGCUUGCAUCUCUGCUCACCUGCCUUCCGAUCCUGCAUGUGAUGCCAGAGACGCAUCGGGUGGGUGAGUCCCCGCUGGCCACUACGCACAGCCGACGCUCGUCGAGCUCGUCAGACAAGGAUCAGAGCGAGGCUCGCGAGACAGACCAGCUUCUGUCUGCCCCAAUAGACCCUGCAGGCGAGCCAGAUGCACGGCCCCGGAGGAGCCUUUUGUCGGUGGUGAGGAAUAGGAAUAUUCUGCUCGCCCUCUUCGUGCUUUUCAUCGGCGCACUGAGGCAGGGGACCGUGUCCGUGUUGCUCCAGUACGCCGCGGUCCGGUUUGGCUGGCCGACAUCACGGACUGCGAUGUUGGUCUCGGUCAUCGCUGCUAGCAAUAUCGUCCUGUUCCUCGUAGUCCUCCCGCAGACUGUCGCUUUUCUCACAUCUAGGUGGCGCAUCAUGCCGCAGCUCAUUGACUACAACGUUGUGUCCGCCAGUCUCGUCAUUCUGACGGUCGGUGCAACGUUUAUGGGCCUGGCCUCUUCGAUGCAUUGGCUCAUCUGCGCUACCCUUCUCUUUGCAACCGGGUACGGGACCAGAGUUGCAGUAUUGUCCCUCAUCACGUCUUGGACCGACGAGGACACGCGCGCGAGCACUUUUGGAAUUGCUCAGAUUGUCGAAGGGGUCGGGCGAAUGGCUGGCGACCCCAUCUUGCUCAGAAUAUUUGCAAGGUCAAUGCGCAUGGAUGGAAUGCUUCAAGGCUUGCCUUUCUAUGUUGCCGCUGUCGGCUUCGGCUUAGCCGCUGUGGCAUGGCGGUUUGUGAGAGUACGAGGCAGCCUAAUGGACUGAAUGAUGAGGAGGGAUUGCAGGAUAAUUCACCAAUAAAUGCCAAAAGAAUAUAAGAUAAACCUAGAUAACUCCUAUGAUUUCGCUUCAAGUGCAGGUAUUCAACGAACGGAAAUGCAGCUAGUCUUCCGGUAGCCAGGAAGGCCCAUAAACCAGG